AUGACGACUCUGGAUACGCUUUGCAGUAACCUGAAUUUUAACUAUGAAUCACUGCUGCUUUCAUCCUCUGACAAAAAAGAGUAUGCAGAUGCUCGAAUGGCAUUUCAUCAUUCUAUCGAGUCUAUUCGCAACCAGGCAUUGUUUUCGGUGAUACUGAUGCGACAGCUUUUGGCCAAACUUCGACCAGAAAAUGCAGACCCAAAUAUCGCACUACUAUUGCCAGAUAUAUUUCCAGAAAGUAGCGAGUCAUUGUGUUCAGUCAUACUAGAAGCAUUAUUGCGAGCACCGGGUUUAACUCGAGCUCAACACAUCAGUGUGUUGAGCAGACGCGGCGAAAAACUUCAUGAUAAACUACCAAAAGCAUUCGAGCAUAUUAAAAUGCAUUGGGAUUGGAGCUCAACCCAGCUACUUUCUUCAUUUGAUGUAGUGAUUGUGGUUUGUUCUGCCAUGCAUUUCCCUCUCACUCAAGAGCUUAUUCUUAAUCAGAUCUCAUACUCAAAAACGCUCUUUUUUGUUACGACAAAUGGUGUUACAAUCAACCGUGCUAAAAAUAUGAUUAAAAGCAGUGCAGUUGUUAUACCUUGUUUUGAUUAUCAAUCAGAAUUACUCGGGCACAGAUUUGAUCAGCAGUGCCAUAAAUACAAGGUCUGCUUUAAUUUGUUAAAACCACAACCUGCUCAAUGGAAGCCGGAUCUAGUUGACAAAGUCAAGUUUGGUAUUUUAGAUUGGAACUGUUCAGCAAGUAUGCCAUUCCACCAUUUAAUUAUCCCAGUGCAGUUUUGGAUUUUUCCAGGAAUGAAUAGAUCAAUUUACAUGUGUCUGACUCGAUAA